UCACAACACAACGCAUACAACUACAUUUACACCACCACAUGCACUGCGUUAUACACUGUAUUCAAUAUCUAGUUUCUUGUAAAAACAAAUUCUAUGGCUCUGCUCGAAAUAUGCAGCUUCCGUAUUUAAAUCAAUUGCUCGCAUUUGCUGUUCUUUGUUUUAAAAUUGAUAUUGCAAAAGCAAACAUCUUACAGAGCCCUCUUAUCCUCACCGCACUUAUACCAAUUUCAUUACUCGUUUUUUAUCCUCAAGUCGAAUUUAAUUAAUCAGAGGUGUGUGGGUCUGAAAUCACGAUGACCGUAUCAAUAAUCAGGCAAGUCGCUUAAAAAAGAUAAUGUCGACCCUAGAAGAUAUCGAGGACUUCCCGACCGAUUCCUGUCGCCAGUACAGUGUGAAGUUGACAGACGAUCCGAGACAGAACACCAGCCAGACAUUCUUCUACGGCAUAGGGCUAAAUGAAGCCGACCAGAAGAAGCCUUUCGUGGGUAUCUCCAGCUGCUGGAUCGAGGGCAACCCCUGCAACAACCACCUGGACCAGCUGGCUGCAUGGGCGAAAAAGAGCAUAGAACAGAACGGGAUGAAUGGGUUGAGAUUCAAUGCAAUCAGCAUAAGUGACGCCAUCUCGAUGGGCACAGAGGGCAUGCGCUACUCUCUCCUGUCGAGGGAGAUCAUAGCAGACUCGGUGGAGACGGUGACAGAGUGUCUGCACUAUGACGCCAAUAUCAGCAUCCCCAACUGCGACAAGAACAUGCCGGGGGUCAUUAUGGCCCAAGUGCGCAUCAACAGGCCCUCCAUUGUCAUCUACGGAGGAUCCAUGUACGUCAAAGAGCACAAAGGUAAGAUCUACGACGUCGGGCAAACAUCUGAGCUGUACGGCCAGAUGAUAGCCGGACUGAUCACAAACGAGGAGCGAAUCGAGAUCAACAAGAUCUCCUCCGACUGUUCCGGAUCAUGUCCAGGGCUGUACACUGCGAACACGAUGGCAGUGGCCAUAGAAGCUAUGGGCAUGAGUCUCCCCAACAGUUCCUCCACACCUGCUCUGCACGAAGAGAAGGAGAAAGAGUGUUUGAAAAUUGGCGCCGUUAUGAAGAGACUUCUAGUUAGAAACAUUAAGCCCCUCGAUAUAAUAACCAGAAAGUCUCUGGAAAAUGCGAUUACUGCAGUUUGCGCCAUUGGUGGAUCCACCAAUGCCGUUCUGCACAUAUUGGCUAUAGCUCACACAGCCAAUAUCCGAUUAGACAUAAAGGAUUUCCAGCCAAUCAGUGAUCGAGUUCCUUAUAUUGGCAAUCUUAAGCCCAGUGGAAAAUAUUUCAUGCCCGAUUUGCAUAAUGUCGGGGGAACUUCUAUCUUUUUGAAGCAUUUGCUGGAUAACGGCUACCUCAAUGGGGAUUGCUUGACAGUUACAGGAACUACUUUAUCAGAAAACUUGGCAAACACGCCAAGUUUGGAAGAUUUGAAACAAGAUGUGAUUUUCAGCUGCAAAACGCCUAAAAAAGCAACAUCCAAUUUGAAAUUACUGCAUGGCAAUUUAGCUCCAGAAGGCUCAGUUGCGAAAAUUAGCGGAAAAGAAGGACACUUUUUCAAAGGACCGGCAAUUGUUUUCGACAGCGAGAAAGAAAUGCUUGAAAGUUUCAAGCAUCAGCAGAUCAAGAAAGGAAUGGUUGUUGUCAUCCGAUUCGAGGGUCCCAAAAACGGGAUGCCUGAAAUGCUCUACCCGACUGGCGCUUUAGUGGGUGCAAACUUGAGCCAACAUUGUGCCCUGGUCACCGACGGAAGGUUCAGUGGAGCUUCACAUGGAUUCAUCAUAGGUCACGUGAGCCCAGAAGGCUUCAACGGGGGUCCAAUAGCUUUGGUACAAAACCAUGAUGUCAUCACCAUUGACAUUGACAACCUUUCUCUUCAAGUGCAUAUUUCAGAAGAAGAGAUGGAAAACAGAAGGGAACACUGGAUCAAGCCCCCUUUGAAGUGUAAACAUGGCUCUUUGAGGAAGUUUGCGAAGGUCGUUCAAAGUGCUUCCAAAGGCUGCGUUACCGAUUGUCCAAUUUAAUGGAUGAGAAAAAUUAAAUGACUUUUACUAAAAAACCUAGAUAUUCUAUAAUCUGUGUUUCAGGUUCUAAAUAUACGCAAGCUACUUAGCUUACCUUUAUUUAUAAACAAAUUUUGACAGUCAA